AUGGCUCCAAAAGGAAGAAGAGGCUCAGUGGACACUGACUCUGGUUCUGAUUCUGACAGUGGCUCCAGUGCAAGUCGCAGCAAGAGUGCUAGUCCGGCGCCAUCUGGUAAAGAAGGCAGUCAGUCUCGAUCGGUAUCCCGCAGUCCCGCAAAAUCUGGCAGUGAAUCUCCGAAGUCCAAUCGCUCUGCUAGAUCACGGAAAUCCUCGAACGCAUCUAACGCGUCGCGUUCAAAGUCAAACUCCCCAGCAGGUUCAAAUAGAUCAGGCUCUGCACAGAGCAAUAAAUCUGCUUCGUCAAGUCCAAAAUCCAGAGCAUCUAGAAGUCCCAGGGCAUCAAAAUCUAGAUCAAGAUCUCGUAGUGGGUCAGGCAGUGCUAGAUCUAGGUCUGGUAGCGCUCGUUCUAGGUCAGGUAGCCCAAAAUCUGGUCAGAGCCCAAAGUCAAGAUCGCAGAGCCCAAAGUCACGAUCACAAAGCCCUAAAUCUCAGGGCGCUAAAAGUGGAUCACGUUCGCGUAGUGGAAGUCCUAAAAGCAGGAAGUCCAGGUCUAGGUCAGGAAGUGCGUCAUCAAGAUCGAAGAGCCCAGAAGCUAGACCGGAUGUAGCUGACAGCAGAUCAAAUUCACCAAAUCUCAUGAUUGACGACCAAGCCAAGGACAAAUCAGGGAGUCGAUCUAGGUCACAUUCAAAAUCCAGAUCCAGAAGUAAAUCUAAGUCAAGAUCUAGAAGUAAGUCGAAAUCGAAGUCAAAAAGUCGUUCGCGAUCACAUUCAAAGAGUUCAAACGCUUCAGAUGUUGGCGGUAAGAAGAAAAGUUCUGUGUUAUCCGAUUCAGAGAGUGACGGUGGGAAAGGUCCCAAACGUAAGAAAGGUUCAGACAGUGGCUCGGACACAAGCAAACCUAAGAAGAAGACAAAGAAACUUGAUUCUGAUGAUGAAAAUCAGGAAGCAACUGUGACGGCUGAUGCGUUGUUCGGUGACGCGUCCGACAUCAGCACGGACAAUGAGGGUGAGAAGGAAAGGUCGAGGUCAAGGUCACGGUCGAUGUCAAGGUCACGCAGCAGGUCAGGGGACGAGAGGCGCUCGGACGACGCCAAGGGCAGUGGAGAUGAGGAAAAUAGAGAGAAACCUGAGGAAGAAGAGGAAAUUGAGAUUCCAGAAACUCGCAUAGAUGUAGACAUGCCUAAAAUAUGGACGGAACUUGGCAAGGAGUUGCAUUUCGUGAAGCUACCCAAUUUUUUGUCAGUGGAAACUAGGCCUUACGAUCCGAAUACAUACGAAGAUGAGAUUGACGAAGAAGAAACGCUUGAUGAAGAAGGACGUGCGAGGUUGAAGCUUAAAGUUGAGAACACAAUACGUUGGCGGACCGUGUUUGACAAGGAAGGUAAUGCUGUUAAAGAAUCCAACGCUCGUAUGGUGAAGUGGUCCGACGGAAGUAUGUCCUUACACCUCGGCUCAGAAAUCUUUGAUGUGUACAAGCAACCUUUACACGGCGACCACAACCAUCUAUUCGUCCGUCAAGGUACGGGUCUUCAAGGCCAGGCUGUGUUCCGUACUAAGCUCUCAUUCAGACCUCACUCCACUGAUUCGUUCACACAUCGCAAGAUGACGCUCUCUGUAGCAGAUAGAUCUACUAAGACGUCCGCUAUAAAGAUAUUGUCACAAGUGGGUAGUGACCCUGACGCUGAUAGGAAGUAUCAACUGAAGAAAGAGGAGAUGGAGCUGCGUGCUGCUAUGAGGUCCCGUGUGUCCAGUAGACCCAAGAGGAGGGCGGGUGGCGGAGGGGGCGCGCGGGCUCACAGGCACGACGACUCAGAGGACGAGGGGGGGGUGUCGCUGGCUGCCAUCAAGAACAAGUACAAGGCUGGACAGAAAGCGAGUGCGGGCGCCGCGAUAUAUUCGUCGGAGUCUGACGGGUCGGACGUGGAGACUCGUCGUGCGAGGAGGCUGGACAGGGCGAAGGCUCUGAAGGACUCAGACGACGAGGCGAGCCCCGGGAACAACACCCCACAGAACAGUCAGAGCGGCUCGGGCUCCGGCAGCGGCAGCGACUGA